AUGCAGCGCACGGUUGGAGCCAGGUACCUCAGGAAACUGUCAACUGAUUUUGAGCUAAAGUUGCGCGCCAUGGUGGAUCGCAGUGUAGCCGAUAUGGCCUCGUUCGAACGCGAUCCGGCCUAUGAAGAGGUACUUCAACAUCUGAAGGCCUGCAACAGACAUGUGAAGAAUUUUCAGGGACGGCAUGAUAUCAUGGCUGCAGUGAAGGACUACAUUCUAAGCGACAUAUCAGAGUCCUCCCCGUCAAACCACCACCAGAACUAUCAACGAACCUAG